AUGACAGCCUCCACCACCUCAGAAGGUGCCACCACGGUCUUCUCCACCACUGGGGCCACCCCAAGCCCUGUCUCUGCCGCAGACGUGACCUCUGUGACAGUCCCCACCAUGUCAGAAGGUUCCACAUUGGUGUCCUCCACCACUGGACCCACCCCAACCACGGUGACCUCCACUGAGGUGACCUCCAUGACAACCCCCACCACGUCAGAAGGUCCCACCACCAUCUUCUCCACCGCUGGACCCACCUCAAGCACUGUCACCUCCACAGAUGUGACCUCCCUGACAGUGUCCAUCACCUCAGAAGGUACCACCAGUGUCUCCUCCACCACUGGACCCACCCAUGGCACUGUCACCUCCACUGUGGUGACCUCCACACCAUCACCCACCAUGUCAGAAGGUACCACCACCAUCUUCUCCACCACAGCUGCCACCCCAAGCACUGUCACCGCCAAAGAUGUCACCCCCAUGACAGCCUCCACCACCUCAGAAGGUGCCACCACGGUCUUCUCCACAAUAGGACACACCCCAAGCACUGUCACCUCAACCAAUGUCACCCCCAUGACAGCCUCCACCACCACUACAGAAGGUGCCUCCACGGUCUUCUCCACCAUUGAAGCCACCCCAAGCACUGUUAUCUCCACUCUGGUCACCUCCACAGCAUCACCCACCAUGCCACAAGGUCCCACCACGCUCUUCUCCACCACUGGAGCCACCUACUCUGCUGUCACCUCCACAGAUGUGACCUCCAUGACAGUCCCCACCACACCAGAAGGUGCCACCACCAUCUUGCCCACCAUAGGAGCCACCCCAAGCCCUGUCUCUGCCGCAGACGUGACCUCUGUGACAGUCCCCACCAUGUCAGAAGGUGCCAGCACCAUCUCCUCCACCACUGCAGCCACCCCAAGCACUGUCACCCGCACUGAGAUGACCUCCGUCACAGUCCCCACACCAGAAGGUGCCACCACACUCUUCUCCACAACAGGACUCACCCCAAGCACUGUCACCUCCACAGAUGUCACCUCCACAACUGUGCCCACCACCUCAGAAGGUGCCACCACGGUGUCUUCCACCACUGGGGCCACCCCAAGCACUGUCAGCUCCGCUGUGGUGACGUCCACGGCACCUGCCACCACUACAGAAGAUGCCUCCACGGUCUUCUCCAUGACUGGGUCCACCCCAAGCAUAGUCAGUGCCACAGACGUGACCUCUGUGACAGUCCCCACCAUGUCAGAAGGUGCCACCACGGUAUCCUCCACCACUGGACCCACCCCAACGAUGGUCACCUCCAUGACAACCCCCACCACAUCAGAAGGUCCCACCACCAUCUUCUCCACCGCUGGACCCACCUCAAGCACUGUCACCUCCACAGAUGUGACCUCCCUGACAGUGUCCAUCACCUCAGAGGGUACCACCAGUGUCUCUUCCACCACUGGAGCCACCCAUGGCACUGUCACCUCUACUGAUAUGACCUCUGUGACAGUCCCCACCAUGUCAGAAGGUACCACCACCAUCUUCUCCACCACUGCAGCCACCCCAAGCACUGUCACCUCCACAGAUGUCACCCCCAUGACAGCCUCCACCACCUCAGAAGGUGCCACCACCAUCUUCUCCAGCACAAGUGGAGAAACCCCAAGCACUGUCACUGCCACUGAGGUGACCUCUGUGACGCCAGCCACCACCUCAGAACGUGCCACCACCGUGUCUUCCACCACUGGGGCCACCCCAAGCACUGUCACCUCCGCUGUGGUGACCUCCACGGCACCUGCCACCACUACAGAAGGUGCCUCCACGGUCUUCUCCAUGACUGGGUCCACCCCAAGCUUAGUCACCGCCACAGAUGGGACCUCUGUGACAGUCCCCACCAUGUCAGAAAGUGCCACCUCGGUGUCCUCCACUACUGGACCCACCCCAACCACGGUCACCUCCACUGAGAUGACCUCCAUGACAACACCCACCACGUCAGAAGGUCCCACCACCAUCUUCUCCACCGCUGGACCCACCUCAAGCACUGUCACCUCCACAGAUGUGACCUCCCUGACAGUGUCCAUCACCUCAGAAGGUGCCACCAGUGUCUCUUCCACCACUGGAGCCACCCAUGGCACAUUCACCUCCACUGUGGUGACCUCCACAGCAUCACCCACCAUGUCAGAAGGUGCCACCACGCUCUCCUCCACCACUGGGGCCACCCCAAGCACUGUCACCUCCACAGAUGUCACCCCCAUGACAGCCUCCACCACCUCAGAAGGUGCCACCACGGUCUUCUCCACCACUGGGGCCACCCCAAGCCCUGUCUCUGCCGCAGACGUGACCUCUGUGACAGUCCCCACCAUGUCAGAAGGUUCCACAUUGGUGUCCUCCACCACUGGACCCACCCCAACCACGGUGACCUCCACUGAGGUGACCUCCAUGACAACCCCCACCACGUCAGAAGGUCCCACCACCAUCUUCUCCACCGCUGGACCCACCUCAAGCACUGUCACCUCCACAGAUGUGACCUCCCUGACAGUGUCCAUCACCUCAGAAGGUACCACCAGUGUCUCCUCCACCACUGGACCCACCCAUGGCACUGUCACCUCCACUGUGGUGACCUCCACACCAUCACCCACCAUGUCAGAAGGUACCACCACCAUCUUCUCCACCACAGCUGCCACCCCAAGCACUGUCACCGCCAAAGAUGUCACCCCCAUGACAGCCUCCACCACCUCAGAAGGUGCCACCACGGUCUUCUCCACAAUAGGACACACCCCAAGCACUGUCACCUCAACCAAUGUCACCCCCAUGACAGCCUCCACCACCACUACAGAAGGUGCCUCCACGGUCUUCUCCACCAUUGAAGCCACCCCAAGCACUGUUAUCUCCACUCUGGUCACCUCCACAGCAUCACCCACCAUGCCACAAGGUCCCACCACGCUCUUCUCCACCACUGGAGCCACCUACUCUGCUGUCACCUCCACAGAUGUGACCUCCAUGACAGUCCCCACCACACCAGAAGGUGCCACCACCAUCUUGCCCACCAUAGGAGCCACCCCAAGCCCUGUCUCUGCCGCAGACGUGACCUCUGUGACAGUCCCCACCAUGUCAGAAGGUGCCAGCACCAUCUCCUCCACCACUGCAGCCACCCCAAGCACUGUCACCCGCACUGAGAUGACCUCCGUCACAGUCCCCACACCAGAAGGUGCCACCACACUCUUCUCCACAACAGGACUCACCCCAAGCACUGUCACCUCCACAGAUGUCACCUCCACAACUGUGCCCACCACCUCAGAAGGUGCCACCACGGUGUCUUCCACCACUGGGGCCACCCCAAGCACUGUCAGCUCCGCUGUGGUGACGUCCACGGCACCUGCCACCACUACAGAAGAUGCCUCCACGGUCUUCUCCAUGACUGGGUCCACCCCAAGCAUAGUCAGUGCCACAGACGUGACCUCUGUGACAGUCCCCACCAUGUCAGAAGGUGCCACCACGGUAUCCUCCACCACUGGACCCACCCCAACGAUGGUCACCUCCAUGACAACCCCCACCACAUCAGAAGGUCCCACCACCAUCUUCUCCACCGCUGGACCCACCUCAAGCACUGUCACCUCCACAGAUGUGACCUCCCUGACAGUGUCCAUCACCUCAGAGGGUACCACCAGUGUCUCUUCCACCACUGGAGCCACCCAUGGCACUGUCACCUCUACUGAUAUGACCUCUGUGACAGUCCCCACCAUGUCAGAAGGUGCCACCACGCUCUCCUCCACCACUGGGGCCACCCCAAGCACUGUCACCUCCACAGAUGUCACCCCCAUGACAGCCUCCACCACCUCAGAAGGUGCCACCACCAUCUUCUCCAGCACAAGUGGAGAAACCCCAAGCACUGUCACUGCCACUGAGGUGACCUCUGUGACGCCAGCCACCACCUCAGAACGUGCCACCACCGUGUCUUCCACCACUGGGGCCACCCCAAGCACUGUCACCUCCGCUGUGGUGACCUCCACGGCACCUGCCACCACUACAGAAGGUGCCUCCACGGUCUUCUCCAUGACUGGGUCCACCCCAAGCUUAGUCACCGCCACAGAUGGGACCUCUGUGACAGUCCCCACCAUGUCAGAAAGUGCCACCUCGGUGUCCUCCACUACUGGACCCACCCCAACCACGGUCACCUCCACUGAGAUGACCUCCAUGACAACACCCACCACGUCAGAAGGUCCCACCACCAUCUUCUCCACCGCUGGACCCACCUCAAGCACUGUCACCUCCACAGAUGUGACCUCCCUGACAGUGUCCAUCACCUCAGAAGGUGCCACCAGUGUCUCUUCCACCACUGGAGCCACCCAUGGCACAUUCACCUCCACUGUGGUGACCUCCACAGCAUCACCCACCAUGUCAGAAGGUGCCACCACGCUCUCCUCCACCACUGGGGCCACCCCAAGCACUGUCACCUCCACAGAUGUCACCCCCAUGACAGCCUCCACCACCUCAGAAGGUGCCACCACGGUCUUCUCCACCACUGGGGCCACCCCAAGCCCUGUCUCUGCCGCAGACGUGACCUCUGUGACAGUCCCCACCAUGUCAGAAGGUUCCACAUUGGUGUCCUCCACCACUGGACCCACCCCAACCACGGUGACCUCCACUGAGGUGACCUCCAUGACAACCCCCACCACGUCAGAAGGUCCCACCACCAUCUUCUCCACCGCUGGACCCACCUCAAGCACUGUCACCUCCACAGAUGUGACCUCCCUGACAGUGUCCAUCACCUCAGAAGGUACCACCAGUGUCUCCUCCACCACUGGACCCACCCAUGGCACUGUCACCUCCACUGUGGUGACCUCCACACCAUCACCCACCAUGUCAGAAGGUACCACCACCAUCUUCUCCACCACAGCUGCCACCCCAAGCACUGUCACCGCCAAAGAUGUCACCCCCAUGACAGCCUCCACCACCUCAGAAGGUGCCACCACGGUCUUCUCCACAAUAGGACACACCCCAAGCACUGUCACCUCAACCAAUGUCACCCCCAUGACAGCCUCCACCACCACUACAGAAGGUGCCUCCACGGUCUUCUCCACCAUUGAAGCCACCCCAAGCACUGUUAUCUCCACUCUGGUCACCUCCACAGCAUCACCCACCAUGCCACAAGGUCCCACCACGCUCUUCUCCACCACUGGAGCCACCUACUCUGCUGUCACCUCCACAGAUGUGACCUCCAUGACAGUCCCCACCACACCAGAAGGUGCCACCACCAUCUUGCCCACCAUAGGAGCCACCCCAAGCCCUGUCUCUGCCGCAGACGUGACCUCUGUGACAGUCCCCACCAUGUCAGAAGGUGCCAGCACCAUCUCCUCCACCACUGCAGCCACCCCAAGCACUGUCACCCGCACUGAGAUGACCUCCGUCACAGUCCCCACACCAGAAGGUGCCACCACACUCUUCUCCACAACAGGACUCACCCCAAGCACUGUCACCUCCACAGAUGUCACCUCCACAACUGUGCCCACCACCUCAGAAGGUGCCACCACGGUGUCUUCCACCACUGGGGCCACCCCAAGCACUGUCAGCUCCGCUGUGGUGACGUCCACGGCACCUGCCACCACUACAGAAGAUGCCUCCACGGUCUUCUCCAUGACUGGGUCCACCCCAAGCAUAGUCAGUGCCACAGACGUGACCUCUGUGACAGUCCCCACCAUGUCAGAAGGUGCCACCACGGUAUCCUCCACCACUGGACCCACCCCAACGAUGGUCACCUCCAUGACAACCCCCACCACAUCAGAAGGUCCCACCACCAUCUUCUCCACCGCUGGACCCACCUCAAGCACUGUCACCUCCACAGAUGUGACCUCCCUGACAGUGUCCAUCACCUCAGAGGGUACCACCAGUGUCUCUUCCACCACUGGAGCCACCCAUGGCACUGUCACCUCUACUGAUAUGACCUCUGUGACAGUCCCCACCAUGUCAGAAGGUACCACCACCAUCUUCUCCACCACUGCAGCCACCCCAAGCACUGUCACCUCCACAGAUGUCACCCCCAUGACAGCCUCCACCACCUCAGAAGGUGCCACCACCAUCUUCUCCAGCACAAGUGGAGAAACCCCAAGCACUGUCACUGCCACUGAGGUGACCUCUGUGACGCCAGCCACCACCUCAGAACGUGCCACCACCGUGUCUUCCACCACUGGGGCCACCCCAAGCACUGUCACCUCCGCUGUGGUGACCUCCACGGCACCUGCCACCACUACAGAAGGUGCCUCCACGGUCUUCUCCAUGACUGGGUCCACCCCAAGCUUAGUCACCGCCACAGAUGGGACCUCUGUGACAGUCCCCACCAUGUCAGAAAGUGCCACCUCGGUGUCCUCCACUACUGGACCCACCCCAACCACGGUCACCUCCACUGAGAUGACCUCCAUGACAACACCCACCACGUCAGAAGGUCCCACCACCAUCUUCUCCACCGCUGGACCCACCUCAAGCACUGUCACCUCCACAGAUGUGACCUCCCUGACAGUGUCCAUCACCUCAGAAGGUGCCACCAGUGUCUCUUCCACCACUGGAGCCACCCAUGGCACAUUCACCUCCACUGUGGUGACCUCCACAGCAUCACCCACCAUGUCAGAAGGUGCCACCACGCUCUCCUCCACCACUGGGGCCACCCCAAGCACUGUCACCUCCACAGAUGUCACCCCCAUGACAGCCUCCACCACCUCAGAAGGUGCCACCACGGUCUUCUCCACCACUGGGGCCACCCCAAGCCCUGUCUCUGCCGCAGACGUGACCUCUGUGACAGUCCCCACCAUGUCAGAAGGUUCCACAUUGGUGUCCUCCACCACUGGACCCACCCCAACCACGGUGACCUCCACUGAGGUGACCUCCAUGACAACCCCCACCACGUCAGAAGGUCCCACCACCAUCUUCUCCACCGCUGGACCCACCUCAAGCACUGUCACCUCCACAGAUGUGACCUCCCUGACAGUGUCCAUCACCUCAGAAGGUACCACCAGUGUCUCCUCCACCACUGGACCCACCCAUGGCACUGUCACCUCCACUGUGGUGACCUCCACACCAUCACCCACCAUGUCAGAAGGUACCACCACCAUCUUCUCCACCACAGCUGCCACCCCAAGCACUGUCACCGCCAAAGAUGUCACCCCCAUGACAGCCUCCACCACCUCAGAAGGUGCCACCACGGUCUUCUCCACAAUAGGACACACCCCAAGCACUGUCACCUCAACCAAUGUCACCCCCAUGACAGCCUCCACCACCACUACAGAAGGUGCCUCCACGGUCUUCUCCACCAUUGAAGCCACCCCAAGCACUGUUAUCUCCACUCUGGUCACCUCCACAGCAUCACCCACCAUGCCACAAGGUCCCACCACGCUCUUCUCCACCACUGGAGCCACCUACUCUGCUGUCACCUCCACAGAUGUGACCUCCAUGACAGUCCCCACCACACCAGAAGGUGCCACCACCAUCUUGCCCACCAUAGGAGCCACCCCAAGCCCUGUCUCUGCCGCAGACGUGACCUCUGUGACAGUCCCCACCAUGUCAGAAGGUGCCAGCACCAUCUCCUCCACCACUGCAGCCACCCCAAGCACUGUCACCCGCACUGAGAUGACCUCCGUCACAGUCCCCACACCAGAAGGUGCCACCACACUCUUCUCCACAACAGGACUCACCCCAAGCACUGUCACCUCCACAGAUGUCACCUCCACAACUGUGCCCACCACCUCAGAAGGUGCCACCACGGUGUCUUCCACCACUGGGGCCACCCCAAGCACUGUCAGCUCCGCUGUGGUGACGUCCACGGCACCUGCCACCACUACAGAAGAUGCCUCCACGGUCUUCUCCAUGACUGGGUCCACCCCAAGCAUAGUCAGUGCCACAGACGUGACCUCUGUGACAGUCCCCACCAUGUCAGAAGGUGCCACCACGGUAUCCUCCACCACUGGACCCACCCCAACGAUGGUCACCUCCAUGACAACCCCCACCACAUCAGAAGGUCCCACCACCAUCUUCUCCACCGCUGGACCCACCUCAAGCACUGUCACCUCCACAGAUGUGACCUCCCUGACAGUGUCCAUCACCUCAGAGGGUACCACCAGUGUCUCUUCCACCACUGGAGCCACCCAUGGCACUGUCACCUCUACUGAUAUGACCUCUGUGACAGUCCCCACCAUGUCAGAAGGUACCACCACCAUCUUCUCCACCACUGCAGCCACCCCAAGCACUGUCACCUCCACAGAUGUCACCCCCAUGACAGCCUCCACCACCUCAGAAGGUGCCACCACAGUCUCCUCCACCACAGGGGCCACCCCAAGCACUGUCACCUCCACCAAUGUCACCUCCAUGGCAGUCCCCACCACCUCAGAAGGUGCCACCACCAUCUCCUCCACAAGUGGAGUAACCCCAAGCCCUGUCACUGCCACUGAGGUGACCUCUAUGACUCCGGCCACCACCUCAGAAGUUGCCACCACAGUCUCCUCCACCACAGGGGCCACCACAAGCACUGUCACCUCCACCGAUGUCACCUCCAUGACAGGCUCCACCACCUCAGAAGAUGCCACCACGGUCUCCUCCACACCUGGGGCCACUCCAAGCAGUGUCACCCCCACAGAUGUCACCUCCGCAGCACCUGCCACCACUACAGAAGGUGCCUCCACGGACUUCUCCACCAUUGAAGCCACCCCAAGCACUGUUAUCUCCACUCUGGUCACCUCCACAGCAUCACCCACCAUGCCACAAGGUCCCACCACGCUCUUCUCCACCACUGGAGCCACCUACUCUGCUGUCACCUCUACAGAUGUGACCUCCAUGACAGUCCCCACCACACCAGAAGGUGCCACCACCAUCUUGCCCACCAUAGGAGCCACCCCAAGCCCUGUCACUGCCACUGAGGUGACCUCUGUGACAGUCCCCACCAUGUCAGAAGGUGCCACCUCGGAGUCCUCCAUCACUGGACCCACCCCUACCACGGUCACCUCCACUGAGGUGACCUCCAUGACAACCCCCACCACGUCAGAAGAUGCCACCACCAUCUUCUCCACCGCUGGACCCACCUCAAGCACUGUCACCUCCACAGAUGUGACCUCCCUGACAGUGUCCAUCACCUCAGAAGGUACCACCAGUGUCUCCUCCACCACUGGACCCACCCAUGGCACUGUCACCUCCACUGUGGUGACCUCCACACCAUCACCCACCAUGUCAGAAGGUACCACCACGCUCUCCUCCACCACUGCAGCCACCCCAAGCACUGUCACCUCCAAAGAUGUCACCCCCAUGACAGCCUCCACCACCUCAGAAGGUGCCACCACCAUCUUCUCCACAACAAGACUCACCCCAAGCAUUGUCACUUCCACCGAUGUCACCCCCAUGACAGCCUCCACCACCUCAGAAGGUGCCACCACGGUCUUCUCCACAAUAGGACCCACCCCAAGCACUGUCACCUCAACCAAUGUCACCCCCAUGACAGCCUCCACCACCACUACAGUAGGUGCCUCCACGGUCUUCUCCACCAUUGAAGCCACCCCAAGCACUGUUACCUCCACUCUGGUCACCUCCACAGCAUCACCCACCAUGCCACAAGGUCCCACCACGCUCUUCUCCACCACUGGAGCCACCUACUCUGCUGUCACCUCCACAGAUGUGACCUCCAUGACAGUCCCCACCACACCAGAAGGUGCCACCACCAUCUUGUCCACCACAGGAGCCACCCCAAGCCCUGUCUCUGCCGCAGACGUGACCUCUGUGACAGUCCCCACCAUGUCAGAAGGUGCCACCACCAUCUCCUCCACCACUGCAGCCACCCCAAGCACUGUCACCCGCACUGAGAUGACCUCCGUCACAGUCCCCACACCAGAAGGUGCCGCCACACUCUUCUCCACAACAGGACUCACCCCAAGCACUGUCAUCUCCACAGAUGUCACCUCCACAACUGUGCCCACCACCUCAGAAGGUGCCACCAACAUCUUCUCCAGCACAAGUGGAGGAACCCCAAGCACUGUCACUGCCACUGAGGUGACCUCUAUGACUCCGGCCACCACCUCAGAAGGUGCCACCACAGUCUCCUCCACCACAGGGGCCACCACAAGCACUGUCACCUCCACUGAGGUGACCUCCAUGACAGCUCCCACCACCUCAGAAGGUGCCACCACGCUCUCCUCCACCAUUGGAGCCACCUUCACUGCUGUCACCUCCACAGAUGUCACCUCCAUGACAGUCUCUGACUCCUCAGAAGGUGCCACCAUCUUCUCCACCACAGGAGCCACACCAAGCACUGUCACCUCCACUGAUGUGACCCCUGUGACAAUUCCUGGUACCUCAGAAGAUGCCACCACCAUCUUCUCAACUACAGGAUCUACCGCAAGCACUGUCACUGCCCCUGACGUGACCUCCAUGACUCUUCCCACAACCUCAGUAGGUGCCACCACGUUCUCCUCGAACAUUGGAGACACCCAGAGCACUGUCACCUCCACUGACAUGACCUCCGCAGCAUCUCCCACCACCUCAGAAGGUGCCACCACAGACUUCUUGGCUACUGGAUCCACCUUCCCUAUUGUCACCUCCACUGAUGUGUCCUCCAUGACAGUCCCCACCACACCAGAAGGUGUCACCACGGUCUUCUCCACGAUGAGAACCACACCAAGCACUGUCAGCUCCACAGAUGUCACCUCCAUGACAGUCUCUGACACCUCAGAAAGUGCCACCAUCGUCUCCUCCACCACUGGUGCCACCCCAAGCACAGUCACUACCACAGACGUGACCUCCAGGGCAGCUGCCACCACCUCAGGAGACAUCUCGGCUUCUUUCUCCACCAUUGGAGCCACACAUGGCACUGUCACCUCCACAGACAUGACCUCCACAGCAUCUGCCACCACCACAGAGGGUGCCACCACCAUCUUCUCCACCACAGAAUCUAUCCCAAGCACUGUCCCUUCCACAGACAUGACCUCUGUGACAAUUCCUGCUACCUCAGAAGAUGCCACCACCAUCUUGUCAACUACUGGAGCCACCCCAAGCACUGUCACUACCACUGAGGUGACCUCCAGCACCUCAGAAGGUCCCACCAUGCUCUCCUCCACCAUUGGAACCACCUUCACUGCUGUCACUUCCACUGACAUGACCUCCAUGACAGUCCCGACCACACCAGAAGGUGCCACCACGGUCUUCUCCACUAUUGGAGCCACACCAAGCACUGUCACCUCCGCAGAUGUGACCUCCAUGAUAGCCCAAAGUACCUCAGUCGGUGCCACCACCAUCUUCUCCAGCACGGGAGCCACACCAAGCACUGUCAUCUCCACCCAGGUGUCCAUCACAAGCUCUCCAACCACCUCAGAAGAUGCCACCAUGGUCCUGUCCACCACAGGAGCCACCCCAAGCACUGCCAGCUCCACAGAUGUCACCUCCAUGACAGCCCCCACCACCUCAGAAGAUGCCACCACCAUCUUCACCACUGGAGCCACCCCAAGGACUUUCACCUCCACAGAGGUGACCUCCACUGCAUCCCCAACCAUCUCUGAAGAUGCCACCACCAUCUUCUCCACCAUUGGAGCCACCCCAAGCACUGUAACCUCCACUGAUGUCACCUCCACAGCAGUUUCCACCACCUCAGAAGGUGCCACCACCAUCUUCUCCACCAUGGAAGCCACCCCAAGCACUGUCACUGCCACUGAGGUGACCUCUGUGACAGCCCCCACCACCUCUAAUGAUUCCACCACGGUCUUCUCUACCACAGGAGCCACUCCAAGGACAUUCACCUCCACAGAUGUGACCUCCAUGACAGUGUCCACCACCUCAGAAGAUGCUACUACGGUCUUCACCACCACUGCAGACACCACAAGCCCUGUCACCUCUACUCAGGUCACCUCCACAACAUCCCCCACCACCCCAGAAGAUGCCACCACCACCUUUUCCACCACGGGAGCCACCCCAAGGACUUUCACUGCCACUGAGGUGACCACCACAGCACCUGCCACCACCUCAGAUGUUGCCACCACUGUCUCUUCCACCACUGGAGCCACCCAUGGCACUGUCACCUCCACUGAGGUGACCUCCACAGCAUCCCCCACCAUGCCAGAAGACUCCACCACCAUCUUCUCCACCACAGCUGCCACCCCAAGCACUGUCACCUCCACUGAGGUGGCCACCAUGACAGUGCCCACCACCACAGAAGUUGCCACCACAGACUUCUCCACAACUGGCGGAACCCCAAGCACGGUCACUGCCACUGAGGUGACCUCUGUGACACCGACCGCCAUAUCAGAAGGUGCCACCACCAUCUCCUCCACCACGGAAGCCACCCCAAGCACUGUCACCUCCACUGAGAUGACCUCCACAGUAUCUGCCACCACCUCAGAAGGUGCCACCACAGACUUCUCUGCUACUGGAGCCACCUUCCCUAUUGUCACCUCCACUGAUGUGACCUCCAUGACAAUCCCCACCACACCAGAAGGUGUCACCACCAUCUUCUCCAGCACAAGAGCCACCCCAAGCACUGUCAGUGCCACUGAGGUGACCUCCAGGACUGUUCCUACCACCUCAGAAGAUGCGACCACGCUCUCCUCCACCAUUGGAGCCACUUUCCCUAUUGUCACCUCCACAGAUAUGACCUCCACAGCUGCUGUCACCACCUCAGAAGGUGCCACCACCAUCUUCUCCAGCACAGAAGCCACCAUCACUGCUGUCACCUUGACUGAGGUGACCUCCACAGCAUCCCCCACCACCUCAGGAGACAACUCCACUUCUUUUCCAGCCUCUGGGGACACCUCCACUAUCGUCACCUCCACAGAUGUGACCUCCACAAUAGCCCAAAGUACCUCAGAAGGUGCCACCACAGUCUUCUCCAGCACUGGAGUCACCCCAAGCACUGUCACCUCCACAGAUGUGACCUCCAUGACAGUCCCCACCACCUCAGAGGGUGUUACCACAACCUCCUCCACCACGGGAGUCACCUUCACUACUGUCACCUCCACUGUUGAUACCUCCAUGACAGUCCCCACCAUGCCAGAAGGUGCCACCAUGGUCUCCUCUACCACUGGAGCCACCACAAGCGUUGUGACUUCCACUGAGGUGACCUCCAGAGCAUCCCCUACCAUGUCAGAAGGUGCCACCACCAUCUUCUCCACCACUGGAGCCACCUUCACUGCUGUCACCAACACAGAUAUGACAUCCACAAUGGCCCAAACUACCUCAGAAGUUGCCAGCACGAUGUCCUCCACCACUGCAUCCACCCAUGGCACUGUCACCUCCACUGAUGAUACCUCCAUGACAGUGCCCACCAUGUCAGAAGGUGCCACCACCAACUUCUCCACGGUGGGAGCCACCCCAAGCACUGUCACUGCCACAGAUGAGACCUUGAUGACAACCCCCACCACCUCAGAAGUUGCCACCACGGUCUUCUCCACAAUGGGAGCCACCCCAGGCACUGUCACUACCACUGAGGUGACCUCCAGGACAGCCCCCAUCACCUCAGAAGGUGCCACCACCAACUUCUUUACUGGAGCCACCUUCACUGCUGUCAUCUCCACUGACAUGACCUCCAUGACAGCUGUCACCAUGCCAGAAGCUGCCACCACCACCUUCUCCACAGCAGAAGUCACCCCAAGCACUGUCACCACCACAGAUGUGACCUCCGUGACAGUGUCCACCACCUCAGAAGGUGCCACCACAGACUUCUCCACUAGUAGAGCCACGUUCACCACUGUCACCUCCACAGAUGUGACCUCCGUGACAGCUCCCACCAAAUCAGAAGGUGCCACCGUGGUCUCCACCAUGUCUGGACCCACCCCAAGCACUGUCACGUCCACUCAGGUGACCUCCAUAGCAUCCCCCACCACCUCAGGGGACAUAUCCACUUCUUUCCCGGCCACUGGGGGCACCUCCACUAUUGUCCCCUCUGCAGAUGUGACCUCCAUGACAGUCCCCACCACACCAGAAGGUGCCACCACCAUCUCCUUCGCCACGGCAGCCACCUUCCCUGCUGUCACCUCCACAGAUGUCACCUCCAUGACAGUGUCUACCACCUCAGAAGCUGCCUCCACCAUCUUCUCCACCACGGGAGCCACCCCAAGCACUGUCACCUCCACAGAUGUCACCUCCAUGACCACCCCCACCAUGCCAGAAGGUGCCCCCACGCUCUUCUCCACUGCUGGUGUCACCCCAAGCCCUGUCACCUCCACAGACAUGACCUCCAUGACACCCUCUACCCCCAAGAGGACCACCACGGCACCCAUCACCACCCAACUGACCACCACAGUGCCCUCCACCCCCAAUGCGACCACCGCAGCCACUCCCACCCCCCAGGAGACCACCACCACCUCAUCCAUCAUCAUUCCUCCAAUUGUCUGCCAGAACGGGGGCACCUACAGCGGUGGCCGGUGUCUCUGCACCCCCUAUUUCUACGGCACCUACUGCGAGUAUUCCACCAACUCCAUCGAGACCAACCUCCAAUUCGUGGCUUCCUCGGAGGUCCUGGUCUCCUUAGAAUUCGUGGCUUCCUUGGAGGUCCUGGACUCCCUGAAUGUCCUGGUCUCCUUGGAAGUCAUGGCCUCCCUGGAGGUCCUGGCUUCCUUGGAGGUCCUGGCCUCCUUGGAGGUCUGGGUCUCCUUGGAAGUCGUGGCCUCCUUGGAGGUCCUGGUCUCCUUGGAGCUGGUGGUGACCGUCACCAACUUCAACUACACGGCUGAUCUGGAGGACACCGGGUCGGAGACCUUCCGCUCCUUCGAGGCCCAUUUCCAGCAGGAGAUCAAGAAGAUCUACCAGAACAUCCCCGGUUACGAAGGCGUGAAGAUCAUCAGCCUCAAGCCUGGCAGCAUCGUGGUGGACCACGAGAUCUUCUUCGCCGUCAAGGAGACCAGUAACACCAGCACGUUCCAGUCGAUCACCCAGGCGUUGGUGGGCAGCUUACGGCAGACCCAGGCCACCCAGGGGGCCUGUCAGCACAACACCUCCGUCCUCUGCCUCACGGUGACCCCGGACCCCGUGGUCAGGAACAUGACGGAGGCGCCGUCCCUGGAGGCCAUCUGCUGGAACCGAGCCCCCAAGGACUACCGGGACUUCUACUACCCAGUGGCUGUGGCCGGGACCAUCUCCUGCAUCACCGAGUGCACCCCCAACACGGCCACCACCAGGGACUGCCACUACGGCCAGUGCCACAUCACCCGCCAAGGCCCCCAGUGCUCGUGCCAGGACGAGGCCCUGUACUGGUACACGAGUCCCAACUGCGCCGGCCGCAUCAGCAAGGUGGCUACUGGGUUGGGGCUGGUGGCCACCAUCCUGCUCCUCAUCUGCGUCGUCCUCCUCGUGCUCCUGGUCAAGAAACGCCGCAAGUACGUGAUCAGUGACUCCCAGUACCGUACUGGUGGCCACUGGUACGAGGAUGCCAGCGGCUCCACGUGUGACUCCCAGUACCGUACUGGUGGCCACUGGUACGAGGACGCCGGUGGCUCCACGUGGCGCUCGGCCGACGGGUUCCUCUACAGCAACAUGGGCGCCAAAGACCCUCCAGGUGACCCCUCCCCCCACCCCCCCACCCCCCAGAUUUGGGGCCGAGAGAGGCAGAGCAACACCAUGGCCACGGUGGUGACCCCAACCAACACCACGGCCAUGGUGGUGGCCCCAACCAACACCACAGCUGUUGGAAGCAACACCACGGCCGUGUCACCAGCUACCCCCGUGGUAAGUGUCACCACGCCUAUGGAGAGCAACGCCACGGUGGCCACCACCCUGGCAAGCAACACCACGGUCACGGAAAGCAACAUCACGGCCACCACCAUGGAAAGCACAACCACGGUUGUGUCACCAACUGGCUCCAUGGAAGGUGACACCACGGCCAUGGAAACCAACAUGACGGCCACUACCAAGGAAAGCAAGACCACAAUUGUGCCACCAACCGGCCCCAUGGAAGGUGACACCACGGCCAUGGAAGGCAACACCACGGCCACCACCAUGGGAAGCAACACACGGCCACCUCCACGGAAGGCACCACCACGACCACCCUCCCAACCACCCCCACCACCACCUCUGCUGCCCCAGCACUGGUUCAUCCCAGUGCCACACCAGUGA